AUGGUCAACUCCACCCUCUGCCCGUCCGACAACCAGCAGGCCAUCGAUCAGUCUGACUUCUGGGACGAGAACGGCAUCCAUUGGGACGCCCACCGGAUAGGAUGGCUCAUCGCCGGCGUGUGCGCCGCAAUCACCGUCCUCCUCACCACCAUCAAUGUCGCCUUCCACUGCCGCAACUACACCAAUCGCGGGGAGCAGCGACAAAUCAUACGAAUAUUGUACAUGCCUGCCGUCUACGCCAUCAUCUCCUUCUUCUCCUACCGCUUCUUCCGGAGUUACACCUACUAUGAGCUCAUUGAAGUUGUCUAUGAGGCGAGCAUCAUUUCUUCCGUCACCCUCAGUGCCUUCCUCCUUCUCCUCAUUGAAUAUGUUGCCGCAACCGCCGCGGAACACGACGUUGACAAUGCGAUGACUCGCAAGGACAAGCACGCCCUCCCCAUUCCCUUCUGCUGCUGGCGGUACCGGCCCACAAAAGCGUACUUCAUGUAUACUGUCAAGUGGUCUGUAAUGCAGUACAUUAUCCUCCGCCCCAUUCUCUCCAUUGCCGGCAUCAUCUGCCAGCACUAUGGUGUGCUGUGCGAGUCCGGACCCUGGAGCCUCAAGACUGCGAACGCAUACAUCAGCGUCAUAGACUUCUUCACGAUAACCAUCGCGCUCUACGGUCUGCUCAUCUUCUACGGGCUUACGAAAGACGAGCUUGUCGGCCGCAAGCCGCUGUCCAAGUUCCUCGCCAUCAAGCUCAUCGUCAUGUUCACCUUCUACCAGUCCCUCGUCUUCUCCGCACUCGAGGGCCGGGUGAUCCACGGCACGCAGUACUGGACGGAGACGAACGUCGCCGACGGUCUUAAUGCCCUGGCGAUCUGUAUCGAGAUGGUGGUCUUCUCCGCGUUCAUGCUCUACGCAUACACCUGGAAGGAGUACGUCAUCCCUGGUCGACCCAAGACUGGCGUCUGGCGCCCGCUCUGGGACAGCAUCAACUACUCGGACUUCGCGAGAGAGAUCUGGGGCUCGAUCAAGUUCUUCGGCGACUACUGGCGCGGCAAGCCGGGCACGCACGGCCCCCGCGUCCAGCUCACGAACCCGGACGGGUCGACGUACGCGAAGAUGGACUUUGGCGAGGCCUUCGGCGUCUCUCCGCGCCCGUACGCGCGCUCGGUCACGAGCAUGUCCGCGCAGACGUCGCAGACGAACAUCCGCUCGUCGCCGCGGGCGCCUGGGCCGGCGAGAGCGCAGCACCAGGUGGGCCGCGCGCCGAUCCGCGAAACUGGGGAUGACUUAGACGAGGAACGUGUGAGGUUAGCGCCGUACGACUACCACGAGAUGGAGGACGUCUCGGGUGGGGCGAAGACGUACUAG